GCAAGCCUGCUACCCGCUUCUACAGGCGACGCAAGGCCAGCGACGAGGCGAGUGGAAGCGAACGCAGUCUGUGUUGUGAGAGGGUGCGAUCGAAAAGAGAAGCCGAAGCGACCGAAGUAUCGUCGGUUGGAGUGGUUAUCGUGACGUUGUCCUCCGUGCGGCCUCUCUGCGGCGUCUUGGUCGUGCCGAUUCAUCUUUCGCCGACGUGUUGUGAGUUUCGGCGAGCGCUGGCUACACUGCUCGCAUUCGUCGCUCAUUCCACGCAUCCGCUGAGAUGAGCGAUUCGCUGCCGUUGACCUCCUGCAUUGAAGAAUGGGAUCAGCUCGAGAAGGAAUACUGCGACUUAGAGAAGUCGUACCGUCAGUACAUGGUGCUGACCGGAGAGGUGCAGCGGUCCCAGGACGAGUGCCUCAAAGGCCUUCGGCACCACCGGUACCGGUCGUCGCAGAUCCUCGAGUCACUGAGCAAGAUCCAGCCAGCCAGUGAUGAUGACAAGGCGCAGAAAGCACAGUUGCUGCAAAAGCUGGAUGCCAAGCGGAAUCACCUGGACGACAUGGCGCAGGACUUGCCACGUUCUAAUGGUAUUUACUUGCAGAUUGUGCUUGGAAGCGUCAACCUUUUCCUCAGGGAUACAGAAAAGUAUCGGUACAAGGACGAAUACGAGAGGUUCAAGCUGAAAGUCACCAUGUUAAUUCUGGUCGUGUCUAUAUUGUGCAUAUUAAUGAACUACAGGGCAUGUGAUGCCAUCCUGCACUUUCUUCUUGUCUGGUACUACUGCACACUCACAAUACGAGAAAGCAUUCUGGCAGUCAACGGUUCAAAAAUAAAAGGAUGGUGGAGGCUACACCACUUCAUAACAACCGCACAAGCUGGGAUCAUUAUUGUCUGGCCUGACGGUGUUAUAUAUGGAAUGUUCCGAAGACAGUUCACAUGGUACGUCUGCUUCAUAAGUAUAAUCCAGUUCUGGCAAUUUUACUACCAACAAGGAUGCUUGUACAGACUUAGAGCUCUGGGUGAAAGCCACAACAUGGACAUCACAAUUAAUGGAUUUCGGUCUUGGAUGUGGCGUGGCCUUUCCUUUCUGCUUCCAUUCCUCUAUUUUGCAUACAUGUUCCAGCUGUACAAUGCAUAUACGUUGUAUCAUCUCAGUCUCCUUUCAGAGUGCACAGAGUGGCAGGUUUUCGUGUCAGCAGUAAUCUUCUUCAUCCUCUUCUUGGGCAACAUUGCAACCACGUCGCUUGUCAUCUUUCACAAGAUCAGUGGUCGCACAAUCAUUCGCAGGAUACAAAAGAAAAGAAGCCAUGACCACGUGGAUUAGGAUGAAGUUAGUCCGAGCUCUGCUGUUCGCCGCAAAUGCCACUUGCCCCGUGCCUGACGUCUUUGAGAGCGACUGUCGGCUUACUGAGAUGUGUGUCUGUGCGGCAAAAGAAAUCUAAAACCGGCCUAGUCAGACUGUCCAGGACAAGGCAGCCCUAGUGUUUGUACUUUACGGUGUUUUUUUUUCUCUCUCUCGGGCAGGGCAGUAACAUGUCGCGUAGUGCUCUUACAAAUUAUUUUAGGCUACUUUUUUUUUUUCUUGUGACUUUCGGUUUGUGGCAUGAUCUCCACUUGGACAUCUAUUUUAAAGAGUGCUGUUGUUUUCGACGUAUUGUGUGUGUAUGCCUGGGAAGCCAUUCUGGGAUCACUUGUCCUCUCAUUACUGUUCACCUCACGUUUGACUGUCUUUGUCAAUUGCUGUUGUUUGAGUGGAGGUGUAUGUUUGAUUCCCCUGAUGAUUGCGGGCAAAGUUGUUUUUCUCUUCGACAUUUGGGGUUAUUUCUCUAGUAGCUUUGUUGAAUUGCACAAAUAGAGUGCGAAAAAAAAAUGUGCUGUGCUCAAUCCUGGUGUAUGGUACAAAAGGCAAUAUACUUUAUCUGUCCUACGUGCUUGCUUUUUUAUCAUGUUUGGCCUGUGGUUGUUACUUUUUCUGUAGGCUUGUAUGGAUUAAACCGUGAAGUGGUCCUAGAAGAGCAUGCUGUUUGUAAGCGAGGCUUUCAGUGUGCAUUUUUAUGGUAAGUGCUCUCUGUCGCUUACUAAGCCAUAUUGCCAAUAUUACAAAUUGGUUCCGGUUGCAAAAAGUGUUGAGUCUCUCAAGUGUUCAGUCCUAUAAGCCACAAAGUGCUGAUCACUCUUGUCGUCAGGCGAUACCACGAAAGAUGUGUCGUGAAGCUUCCCAGGCUAAUGUGCUGCUCAUCGGAGUUGCUUAUCAAGAACAGUUUGCGCCCCAAAGAAAAAGGAAGGAAAAGUAAGAUAUGCGUCGCUGCUACUCUUGUCGCACAUACGAUGUUCUGCAAAAGGACGAACACAACCUCCCAAGUACUCACGAUCAUCCUUGUCACGAGUCCUAGCUUAUGCCAAAUUCCAUGUCCUGUUAUAUAGCAUACGACGAGUUUGUGCAUGCAUCGCAACAGCUUUGCUAUGUAACCAACUAUGGCUACCGAACAGUGCAUGAAUCAACUGCACACACAGUACAUUGCGGAAGUUCUGCUUUUGUAAGAUGUACAUGGCCAUGUCAGCAACUGCUUCCACGUCAACUGCAGACUUGCAGUCUUCAAAUUUCCUGUGUGUCCUUAUGAUGAACUGUGUAUUUCUUGGAAUGACUGGAUGCUCUGCCCUUUCGAAGAGAUCAUUAAAAGUGACAUGUAUAGAGCCUGCACACGAAAAAGAACUUAUAAAAGGUUCAACUUGGAGAUGACGAGAUGUAGUUGCGUCAGCUCUUGCCACACUUCGCACUUGUCGAGGUCAUGCCAUGAUGCCUUAAGCUUGUAAUGCUGCAAAUGUGGCAGAGAUAUAUUUUGCCAUGACAUAAGUAUCAGGGAUGUCCUUUGAGAGAUUACUGUGUUGCCCUUUUUUUCUCACUUGAGUCCAUAUAUUGGUUUCUCAAAGCAAAAGCACUCAAAGUGCCAUGUCCCUACAAGGACCUGUCUACUUUUUUUUUUUUUUUUUGUGCAUCAAUGUCUCGCAUUUUUGCUCACUUUUCGACGUAACUUAAGACUUUCGACGUUUAUUGUCUAUGCAAGGCCAAUUUGUGGAACUGUUUGUCGUAAUUCCUCCAUCGUUACCCUUCCUCCAUGUUGGUGCCUUUGCAUUACCUAGACGAUCAUUUAUUUACGUCAAUCGCACAAGCCUUCAAUAAGACACUGACGUCAUUAAUGUAGACUUUGUUGAAGAGUGCACAGUUCCAACGCACAAGUUCUCGCAAGACUCGCUGUGCACCCGUUCUAUCACCCUGCCUACAUACUACUUCUUACCGUGUUAAGUCACCCUUGGUACUUGUCAUUCAUUGUUCCUUGUGUUUAUUGAAAGACUAGUGGGACUUACAAAAGCACCUAAGAGAAGAGUAACUUAUAUGCAUGGUGUUAAGUGUUCAACAAAAGCCAUUCUCGUUAAUCUUGUAAGUGAAGGAAUGUUUUUAAAAUGGGAAUAACUUACAAGUGUACAAUGGAGGAGUGUUCAGCAAGGCUUUUUAUUGUUGCUGUUGCCAGUUCACCGUUCUGCUUGCAUAUGUACAGUGUAUUUGUCCAUUGUACGUUGUUUACAAUCAUGUCAACACACAGAGCUCGUGGCAUUGCACAGGUAUACCAUUGGCAUGUCACAUGCAACUUAUGCUUCUUCUCUGGCCUUUAUUUCCUUGGCCAUUGCUGAUGAGCUAUAACCGGCUCAUUGGGCCUGUGUAGUGUAUGCUUGUUGUCCUGUUCUAAACGCUGAAUUUUAGACAAUGAAUUUAUGGCCAAACCAAAAUAUUUUCAUUUGGGUUCAAUUGUAGCAUACACCCUAUGUAAAUACCAGAAAACAAAGACCCAAGUAUCACUGACUGUACAUGUGGACAAUUCGUGUUACACCUUACAAGUUUGUCUAAAUUUGUUAUGAAGCUGGUGUAGUUGUCACUAUGAUUCUUAUUGCAAGUGUAUGCUGACGGGCAAGUGUUCUCACCCAACUAUUCCAUGAUAUAUGAUGGUGGCUGUUGUGUGUCCCCAAUGUCUGAUUAAAUGUUCUCGAUCAAACAGGC